AGGAACUACCAACCUCCCACUGAACCUCCCUGUAUUAUCUACCAGCUGUGUUCCAAACAUGAUGGUAUCCUGGUGGAGGCUAAGGGCAUUAAAGAGUACUGCUGGAAAAAUCAUAUGAAGAAGCUGUUUGAAAGAAAGGUUCUCAGAGGUGAACCGAAAACUUUAAGUGGGCUUUUAGACUUAGCCAACUUUGAUCUCAACUUGAAGGCCAUCAACAAAGUGUAUGAGGAGUAUGUGCUGAGUGUGGGAGACUUUGAUGAACGGAUUUUUUUUGGCUAAGUGCAAACAGUUGAGGGUAGAUAGACUCCAGUGUGACCCAGGCCCUGCCCCUGCACCCCCUGUCUGCUCCGCACCCUCUAUCUGCAGCCCCGACAGACCGGCACUCAGGCCCCUCAACACCACAGGAGACGAUGCCAACACAGACAUUGGAACACCCACAAAACUGGUCGGGAGUACCCCUAUUGGAGAUAUUUCAGAGAAACUUCAAGCAAAGCGAAACCUUAACCAACAGAUGGGCAGCAUAUCGCAGCUGACUCCCGCCACCCCCUUGACUGGUCGCAAAUACCUCAAGAGCAAGGAACAAGGUCAGAAUGUGACUCCCGUCUCUACUGCCACACAGACUGUACAACGACUGCAGAGUUUGCUGAGUGGUCGACAGGCCGCCCCUUCUCCCUGGUUACUUCAGACUAUCAGUAGGGUGUGUGAGACAGACCCCAAAAUUGAGGAGAGGGUGAGGAGCCUGGGGGAGAAGUUUUGCGCAGAGUACACCCAGACGACUCCAAACCACCUGGGCACUCACAUUGACUUUGCCCAGAAACGUCUUCAGCUUGCUGAGACCCUCUUCUACAAGUUGCUGGAGAACAUAUUGAAGGAUGAAAUCAAGAAGCCCAACUUUGAUUGCAAUAGUCUGCUACAACAUGAGAUGUUCCAUCAAACACUGUUUGCCUGCUGUCUGGAGAUUGUCAUCUACUCGUACAACUCCCAGCAGCGCACGUUUCCCUGGGUGCUUACUGCACUGGACAUCGAACCCUAUCAUUUCUAUAAGAUCAUCGAAGUGACAGUGCGUGCUGAGGACCAGCUGUCUAGAGACAUGGUCAAGCACCUCAAUUUGAUAGAAGAACAAAUCCUGGAGGCAUUGGCAUGGCGUGGUAACAGCCCCUUGUGGGAGGCCAUAGGCGCUUCGGAACUACCUAUACCCACCUGCGAAGAUGUAAGUCUGCCGGGUCAGCUGCUGGAGGACAACCCCACCCUGACACCUCUUAACAACCCUGCCAUCCGCCGGCUUGUGGUACCAGUAGUGACUCAGUCGCCUGGUCCAUCCGCGUCCGAACGCUUCCACUCUCCAGUCACCUCUGCUAUCGCCAAGAAAAAGUUGUUUAUAGAAAACACAGGAGGCGUGUGUACAGUAAAGCCCGGGCAGUCACUGCUGCAGGCCAAAUUAAAACCACCAGUGUCAAGUACUGGUGAGGAGCUAGAGCCAAGAAAAAUGUCCAGCGUCAUCAUUAAUCCAGCUUUGCUAAAGGAGAAACAGAGCAAACCCAACAGGCCUCGUCGCACCGGCUCUCUUGGCCUCUUCUUCCGAAAGUUCUAUCAUGUUGCGUCAGUGCGAAUGCAGGAGCUGUGCAAUCAUCUGGAGUUGAAGGAGACAGAGCUUAGACGGAAGAUAUGGACAUGCUUUGAGCACUCUAUUUUAGAACACUCAGAACUCAUGUUAGACCGACAUCUUGACCAGAUCCUAAUGUGCGCUGUCUAUGUCAUGUGCAAAAUCGAGGGCCUGGAUAAGCCGUUCACAGAAGUAAUGAAGUGCUACCGUCUCCAGCCACAGUCGGCCAGCCAUGUCUACCGCAGUGUGCUGCUUGCCUCCCGUCACAAACGAACAGAAACCAAACCAUCUGGAGUCCCAGUCCAGGAAACAGAAAACAGAUGUGAUAUAAUAAAAUUCUACAAUUCAGUUUAUGUACAAAAAAUGCAGAAUUUCGUGAGGAAGUUCGCUAAUGGAAAUGCUCAGAAUGGCAACCUGACUCUGUCCCCACUGCCGGUAACGAGAUCUGUCCCCAUGUCACCUCGCAGGAGAGUCUCUGACAUGCACAGUGUUUUUAUCCGUCCCCUCACCUCCUCAGAGCCUAACGCCUUCCCUCCCUCGCCCACCGGGUCCCUUAGCUACUGCUUCAGCCGAAGUCCUGCUAAGGUAUGAGAUUUUUUACCUCAACA